AUGUUUACCUGCGAUGCCUGUCUGCGUCGGGCGUUGUUCUCCCUCGGUAGCCCUUCCAUAACCUCACCUCGAUCCACACUUCAGCCCCUCGAGCGCGCCAUCAAUCCUACAAUUAGUUUCUCUCGCAGCCAUGCCACCCUCGAAUCCCUCAGAAAAGGCCACCAUCGCCACUCGCUCUUCGAGGCUCUCAAGGACAGAAGAAAAAAGGUCUCGGUGCCCAAGGUCAGACCAUCGAACCCGCGGUCAAGGUUCAAUACCCGGCAUGCCGAGGCCGUGGAAAACAACCGGCUGAAGCGUCUCGAGCCCGACGCCCGGGAAAAGUACUUGAAGAGAGCUAUGAGACAGGAGUCGAAAUAUUUGGUGGACCCACUGAAACUGGCUCAAGGGGUUGUAGAAAAGCUGAGGGACCAUCAGUUCGACGAGGCGUUGGAACUCGUCCGUGCGAGUGAGAAGAGUCGCGAUGGGAAAGGUGUCGAGAAUAUCGUCAGUUGGAAUCACAUUAUCGACUGGCUGAUGAGCCAGGAUUCCCCUGGUGAGGCGUGGAAGGUCUACAAUGAGAUGAAGAAGCGAGGUCAUAAGCCGGACUCACACACAUACACGAUCAUGUUGAGAGGAUAUCGCCACAACGUCAAGAAACCCAAUGCUGUUCAACAAGCCAUGAGCGUCUACGACUCCAUUUCCGCUGCAAACUCCGCCGUCACUCCAACCACGAUCCACACCAACGCUGUCCUCAGUGUAUGCGCCCGAGCACACGACGUCGACGCCAUGUGGAAGAUCGCUGGGAGACUCCCAGAGCGCGGCCCGGGAGCUCCGGACCAUGUCACUUUCACCACCAUCUUGCAAGGUCUGAACGGCGAGGCUCAAAAGCGCGCUAUAGAGCAAGGAGCCAGAGCAGGUCCGGGCUUCAAUCCGCAACCAAUUUUUGAUCAGGUCAUUGAUGAUGCCCGAAAACUGUGGCUUGACAUCACGGCACGGUGGAGGAGGGGCUAUCUUCACAUCGAUGAGACCCUUGUCUGUGCGAUGGGCAGAGUACUGAUGCUUUCGGACGACAAGCAAACCCAGAAGGACGUACUCAGCCUGGUUCAUCAAACCAUGAACAUAGCCAAGAUGUCGCAAGCGCCAGAUGCUGAAAUGCAGGAUGAUGCACAAGAGGAUGAUGAGGUGGGAAGUGACGAGCAGCGUCCGUCGACGAUCGAUGCCCCGGCAAGGAUAACACCUCGAUCAGAUCCGUCUGCGAGGCAAGUCAGCACGACCAACUCCUCGGUCUAUGCCACACCCGGGACGAACACUCUCUCGAUGCUCAUUGAAACAGCGACUGCUCUUCGGGAGCUCAGAUUGGGCAAGUACUACUGGGAAUUGCUCACUGCUGAAAACGGCUCGUACAAGAUCGUACCUGACCACCAAAACAUCAUGGCUUAUCUGCGUCUACUUCGGGUUUCCCGCGCCAGCAGAGCUGUUUUGGAUGUGCUUCGCGAACCCCGGCCCGAAGAAGUGAACCACAAGUUGAUGGUGCGUGGCACUUUCAUCAUAGCAAUGAGCACCUGUCUGAGAGACAAGAAGAACCCGAAUGUUUUCGAAACCGCCAGUCGAAUCAUGGAUCUGAUGCAGGAAAGCACAGAAGACAUGAGUGGGCGUGAAAGUGAAGAAGAUCCAGACGGCCAAAGGCUCAGGUUCUCACCAAAAGUACUUCGGAUGUAUCUGGAAAUAGCCAUUGCAACCACCAAAGGCAUUAACGGCGAGGCCCUCGAGAAGACUAAGAACGGAGAUCUGGACUUUGAGCGCGAUCCCAGCAAAAAUCACACAAUGCGAGCCUUGCGACGACUCAGUCCCGAUAUCAUGAACGUCAGACAGAUGAUCAAAUCCUACUUGAUUGACAUUGAACAACAAGCCUCCAUCCAAGAACGAACAGUCAGGGUCAAGAAGCUGCUCGAGAAGCGGAAGAUUACACCCUACAGCACAAACGAGAACAUCGCCGACCUCAUCGAAUUGCUGCGAACCAUGAUUGGUGCGAUUGACAAAAUCAUCCUGGUCAACGAGAAAUUGGAGGAUGAAGGAAUGGGGCCUCUCGACAAGGAGAUCCUGAACGAGUGUUGGUUGCAGAAACGGAAGCUGUCGGCCUUUGUGAGCAAGUAUGCGAAUGCCGUCGUUGAGCCCAGAAAUCCAUCCGAGAUCCGAGCGCGAAGAGUCAACGAACAGGGCCAUCGCCUGAGCCGGAGACAUUCCCAGGAGCAUAUCGAGGUUGACUGCGUCGCAGACCCGACCAAGCAAGUCGAUCCCACUGACGACGAUCUGACCGACCCUUCCGUGCCGGCACCCAGUCCCCGCGCCAAGAUCCUCUCCGACAUUCAAUCCGCGCAAGAAAAAGUGCUCAAGAAAUCCGAAGAGCGCGGCCUCUCCCGCCGGCAAAAGCUCGAACUUAUCAAAAAGGAAACGAUCCGCGCUCAGUUUCCCGCCAGUAUGCUUCGCCAGCAGGAGACGCCCCGGCGUGUGCUACGGAAACAGGACACGAAGGCGGCAGCUCGGGAGCGGACGAGGGAAAUGCUCGAGUCUGGGAGUGGUGGCGAGAGGAAAGUGCCGGUCUGGAAGGCGAGACAAGCGGCGCAGAUGCUAUCGAGAGAGACCAGGAACGAGCGAAGGGCGAGGGAGAAAGAAGACAGGAGGCGUCGAAGGGAGGAGGUCGAGCGCGCGGAGACGGCCAAGGGGGAUAGAAUGCAGAGCCAGAAGGAGACGUACCGAGGUUGGGGUGGUGGCUUUGAGGAGCUGGCUAAAGAGGAGGGUGGAAACCUGAGGGGAAAGGCUGGCGUUAUUGAACUGGGGCCCUGA